AUGUACAAGAUCUACACAAAACAUGAGCCCAGAAGAGGAGUUUGCAUCCCUAAGCCCGCCGGCUCCGGCGAGGACAAACCGCCCGUUUCAAAACCAACCAACCUGCCGCGCCCGCGAGGCCGCGACGCUCGUCCGUCUCCAUGUCCAUGGCGCCGCACCUCGCCUCACGCCCGCGCCGUGGCGCGGCACGCCCAUGAUGCCGUCGCGCUGCCGGCAUGGUUCACCUCGCCCGGCGCCACGGCCACUCGCCGGCGCGGCUCGGCGCCACAACCGCGCCCGCCGACGGACCUUCCGCUCCCGCUCCUCCCGCCGCCGUCGCUGGCCUCGCUGCUGCUCGCUGCCGUCGCGUCCUCGCCGUCCCUCCCGCACCUCCGCCACCUCCACGGCCUCCUCGUCCGCCUCCACCCCUACCUCCCGCCGCCGUCCACCCCGUUCCUCCUCUCCCGCCUGCUCCGCCGCCUCGCCGCGCUCCCGCUCCCACCCACGCCCACGCAGCUCCGCUACGCGGUCGCCGUGUUCUCCUCCCUCUCGCCGCCGGACCCGUUCCUCGCGGCCGCGCUGCUCCGCUUCGUGCACCUCACGCAGCCGCCCCUCGAAACCUUCCGCGUCUUCUCCCGCCUCCGCCGCGCGCACGGCCGCGACCUCCCGUUCCUCCCGUUCGCCUUCUCCCCGCUGGCAAAGUCCGCCGCGUCCGCGCGCUCGCUGCCCGCCGCGGCCGGUGCGCACGCGGUGUCGCUCUUACUCGGAGGGUUCGAUAAGCACCGGUUUGUUGGGAACUCGCUGAUCGGUGCCUAUGUCGCCUGCGGCGACGUUGGUGCCGCGCGUAAGGUGUUUGAUGAAAUGAUGGUGAAGGAUGUCAUUUCGUGGACGAGCAUUGUGGUGGCGUAUUCUAGGAUCCGGGAUAUGGGUUCGGCUGAGGAGGUGUUUGCGCUCUGCCCGGUUAAGGAUAUGGUGGCGUGGACGGCAAUGGUGACGGGGUAUGCACAGAAUGCCAUGCCAGUGAAGGCGCUAGAGGCAUUUGAGCAGAUGGCGGUGGCCGGCAUGCCCAUUGAUGAAGUUUCACUCACCGGUGCUAUCUCAGCCUGUGCUCAGCUCGGUGCGGUGAGGCGAGCCGCCUGGGUUCAGGAAAUCGCAGAACGGAAUGGUCUUGGGAGGAACGUGGUUGUCGGGUCAGGGUUGGUGGACAUGUAUGCCAAGUGUGGUCUCAUCGACGAGGCACGCAGGGUUUUUGAAGGGAUGCAAGAGAAGAAUGUGUAUACCUAUAGCUCAAUGAUUGUUGGCCUAGCAUCACACGGGAGGGCCAAUGAUGCAAUUGCUCUGUUCAAGGACAUGCUUGCAGCCAUGCGGGAUGGUAAAAAAAGGCGCUACUACUUUGCGCAGAUGAAGGACAUGUAUGGGAUAUUGCCUUCUGCAGACCACUACGCUUGUAUGGUUGAUUUGCUUGGUCGGGCUGGGUUGGUGAUUGAAGCCCUUGACCUUGUGAAAUCAAUGACUGUGGAGCCUCAUGGUGGUGUCUGGGGGGCACUGUUAGGGGCUUGCCGAAUCCAUGGAAAUACUGAAGUCGCUAAGGUUGCAGCUGAACAUCUUUUUAAGCUUGAGCCAGAGGGCAUAGGGAACUACGUGUUGUUAUCAAAUACACUUGCAUCAGCAGGAGAAUGGGAUGAAGUCUCAAAGAUUAGGAAGCUGAUGAGAAUUCGGGGGCUGAAAAAGGAUCCUGCAGUGAGCUGGUUUGAAGGCCGUGAUGGUUUUGUGCAUCAGUUCUUUGCUGGUGAUAAUACACACCCAUGGAUGCUUGAAAUAAAGAAAAGAUUAUUGGAGCUACGGGCAGAACUGAAGCUUGCAGGUUAUGUGCCAAUCCUUAGUUCAGUUGUUUAUAAUGUAAGCGAGGAAGAGAAAGAAAGGUUGUUAAUGGGUCAUAGUGAGAAGCUUGCUCUGUCAUUUGGAUUGCUCACACUUGAGUCUAGAUCCUCAAUUAGGAUAGUAAAGAAUCUAAGGAUAUGUGAGGACUGCCAUUUGUUUAUAAGAUUGGUGUCAAAAGUUGAGCCCAUCGAGAUUAUAGUCAGGGACAAUAUGAGAUUUCAUCACUUCAGAGAUGGAGAAUGCUCAUGCGGUGGAUUCUGGUGA